AAAAAACAUAAUAAAUAAAUUAAAAUGUCGGGCACAUCGCAGAAAUAUAAGAACUUUGUGGCAGAGCCAAUGGGCAACAAGUCUGUCACAGAGCUGGCUGGAAUUGGAGAGACGCUGGGGGGACGCUUGACCGCAGCUGGAUUCGACAAGGCAUACACCGUGCUCGGCCAGUACUUGAUUUUGAAGAAGGACGAGGAGCUGUUCAAGGACUGGAUGAAGGAAGUGUGCCACGCCAGUUCGAAGCAAGCCUCCGACUGCUACAAUUGCCUCAACGAUUGGUGCGAAGAGUUCUUGUAAGCGAGAGGACAGUCCAUACUCUGAUCCGAUCAAAACAAUCGCAUCUGCUGGACGGGCAAAAAUCUGCAGUGAGAUUUAGCGAUAUUAGCCAUGGCGCAAUAAGUAAAAAGUAAGAAUCUUUUCUUCUUAUGUUGAUAUUGAUUUUAAAAGUUAGGUAAAAUAUCUAAAGCAAUAACUGAUAAUAAAUGUACAGUCGAAAGAAUGUUGUAAUGGUCCCCGGUCAGUAAGAUCGUACAGUAUGUACCUACCCAUUCUUUAAGAAUAUGUAUGUAUGUUUAAAAUAAACAUACAGGCAUGUAAAACAACAAACAAAAGAAAGAGAAUAUUUUUAAGAUAUGAUUCUAAAGAAUAUUUAAGACACAGAAAUCAUCUUUUGCCGCUCGAGAGCGAGACUGCUUCACAAACACAUCGGAAUCUGGAACUGUUCUUGAUCUAUGCCGGAGAACAUUAUAUCGCAGCCUACUUGAAUUCCUGAAUGCAAUUGAUUAAAAUAUAGUUUUAGCACAUUUA